GUGGCGUGGCGUGGCAUGGCGUGGCGUAGAGUAGUAUCGGUAGCGCCGGGCCCACAAUGCACGUUGUUUAUCCGCUGGGGCGCGGUGCGAGGGCGCGGGCGGCGGGGCUCGCCCGGGCCCAGUCAGUCUCUCUCCGCCGCCGCCAGCUGCAGCCGCCCACGUUGCCCUUGCCGCGCGCGCCCUUCCUGCCCGCACUACAAACUGACACUCCGACCUUCAAUUCGAGAGAACGAGACGUCGAUACAAGGCAUUCUGCGAAAGAAUGUGAAGUGGUGGACCACGCGCACCCCCGCCGGCCAUGACGUUCUGCAGUUAGUGCCAGGUAACAGGUGCUGAUUGUGGGGCGUGGGGUAACGGCGGUAUGCGCGUGGUGUUAGCAGCGCUAGCGGCGCUUGCGGCGCGAGCGCUGGGUAGCCCGCACGAACACCGCGCGCGGCAUCAUGCUCCAGACCACCCUCUACAUUUUCCGGCGCCAGCUCCUCCACAACCAUAUAGAGGACAUGGCGAGGCAGUGCGCUAUAAUCCUGAAUUAGAUACGAUCUUACCCCGUAUUGAUGAACAUGAAACCUCUUCGAAACGCGCCAAACUAGAAGAUGCUGAAACCUCAUCUAAAAGAGAAGAAAAAUAUUUUUCCAACCAUGAACGAGGUGAAGAAGUUUUUAUGGCAGAUGAACCACAAAUGGGACCUGAUGACGACGAUCCGUUAGUCGUUCGCACUCGUAAGGGCAGAGUUAGAGGUAUAACUCUUACAGCUGCGACAGGAAAGAAAGUUGACGCUUGGUUUGGAAUUCCUUACGCACAAAAACCUCUAGGUGACUUGCGAUUUAGACACCCCAGACCUGUUGAAAGCUGGGGUGAAGAAAUUUUAAAUGCAACAACACUGCCACAUUCAUGCGUUCAAAUAGUAGAUACCGUGUUCGGGGAUUUUCCAGGUGCUAUGAUGUGGAAUCCUAACACAGACAUGCAGGAGGACUGUCUAUAUAUCAAUAUAGUCACACCUCGACCCAGACCAAAAAAUGCAGCUGUUAUGCUAUGGGUAUUUGGGGGAGGAUUUUAUUCUGGAACUGCCACUUUGGAUGUGUAUGAUCCUAAAAUCCUGGUGUCUGAAGAAAAGGUUGUCUACGUUUCAAUGCAAUAUCGGGUUGCUUCGCUCGGUUUCCUGUUCUUUGACACAGCCGAUGUUCCAGGAAACUCGGGACUAUUUGAUCAAUUAAUGGCUUUGCAAUGGGUCAAAGACAAUAUAGCAUAUUUUGGUGGAAAUCCUCACAAUGUAACGUUAUUCGGAGAGUCGGCCGGAGCAGUAUCUGUCUCCCUUCAUUUACUAUCACCUCUUUCGAGAAACUUGUUUUCGCAGGCAAUUAUGCAAUCGGGAGCUGCAACAGCACCAUGGGCUAUAAUAUCAAGAGAAGAAAGUAUAUUACGAGGCAUACGGUUAGCAGAGGCUGUACACUGUCCUCAUUCAAGAACAGACAUGGGGCCCAUGAUUGAAUGCUUGCGAAAAAAAAGUGCUGAUGAAUUAGUGAACAAUGAAUGGGGAACCUUAGGUAUUUGUGAAUUUCCUUUCGUUCCUAUUAUCGACGGUUCGUUUUUAGACGAAAUGCCAAUCCGUUCCUUAGCGCACCAAAACUUCAAAAAAACGAAUCUUCUUUUAGGGUCAAAUACCGAAGAAGGAUAUUAUUUUAUACUGUAUUAUUUGACCGAAUUAUUUCCCAAAGAAGAAAACGUGGGCAUUACCAGAGAACAAUAUUUACAAGCCGUAAGGGAGUUAAAUCCAUAUGUCACUGAUGUGGCUCGUCAAGCAAUAGUAUUUGAGUACACUGAUUGGUUAAACCCUGAUGAUCCCAUCAAAAAUCGUAACGCAUUGGAUAAAAUGGUGGGCGACUACCAUUUUACUUGCGGUGUAAAUGAGUUAGCACAUCGUUACGCGGAGACUGGCAAUAACGUGUAUACAUAUUAUUAUAAACACCGCAGUAAGAAUAACCCAUGGCCAUCGUGGACGGGUGUCAUGCAUGCUGAUGAAAUCAAUUAUGUAUUUGGCGAGCCUCUGAAUCCUGGAAAAAAUUAUUCACCGGAAGAAGUAGAAUUCAGCAAACGAAUGAUGAGAUACUGGGCAAACUUUGCGAAAACUGGAAAUCCAUCCUUAAGCCCAAAUGGAGAAAUGACUAAAGUGCACUGGCCGGUACAUACCGCGUUCGGCAGGGAAUAUCUGUCUCUGGCAGUCAACUCCAGCGCUGUGGGCCACGGACUACGAGUUAAACAAUGUGCUUUUUGGCAAAAAUAUCUCCCCCAAUUAAUAUCAGCGACAAAAAAAACGGAACCACCCCGGAAUUGCACUGGCAGUGGUUCCUUAUUACGUCCGUCGCUGCACACGCUGGGCCUGGCCGUCGCGGCGGCGGCGGCGCCCUUCACACACCACUUGUUGUUGACACAUUUAGUGGCCAUGUUCGUGAACAUUGAUUAGAACUUUUCACGCACAUACCGUAUGGUUUAUUUGCUCUGGCCUGCUAUGUCUUUUCUGAUGAAACGUAUUUUAAAAUGCCGUACAAAGUAAUAUUGGGCUAAACAGCAAGAUUACGUUUAUAAAAUUAUCAUUUAUUGGCAUUACUUAUACCUAGUGAUCAACAUGUACAAUUUAAUUUUCAUCACACUUGCUCAUAAUGGCUGGUAUUUCACAUAAGGUUUAGUAGGAGAAACAGCGAAAAAAGCCCUACGUAUGUUCAAAAUCUAGCUAUAAAUGAGUUCUACUGUAAAACAAGAUUUUUAUCAUUGCUUAUUACCUUUUUAACCAGGUUUAAUUUUAAUGAUUUAAUACUGACUAGGCUGGCGCGAUGACCCAAAAUGAGUCUUGGCCUCCAACACAAGAGCUGGAUUUAAUAGCUGUUCAAAUAUUUUUAAGUAUUUAUAUCUUGGCUUGUACCUAUAAGCCAAAUAGAUCUUGCCUUUCAUGCUUUUUCGUCAAACACUAAACAUAAUGGCGGGAUAAUCUGUAAUAGAACCGUAUUUAACACUUAUUUCGCUUAAAUCUUUAUGUUUUUCUUAGCAAAGUGUGAUGAAAAACAUUGUUUGUAACACGGGAAAUAGGUACCUAUAAAAUUUGUAAACUUGAGUCAUAAAAACACUCUGGGGCCCGAUUUAUGAAUUUCGGUCGCUCGAUUUCGUCACUCGAAAAUCGGAGGAAAACGGCGAAAUGUUAUUUUUUGAAAUACGAGCGAUCGAAAUUGGAUUCUAGUGGUAGGUAUUGACCACUCGAUUAUAAUUCUAUUAGUAGAAUUUCAACGCCUAGUAAUGAAGAUAUAAUUUAACGAAAUACUCGAAAUCAAGUGGUCGAAAUUAAAAAAUCGGCCCCCUGCGCGCAUCGUGUUUCUAUUGCACCUCGUUGCCAAUGUUGUCCCUUUUCUUUUGACUUUACUAAACGUAGGAUUUAAUUAUACUAUUAUGCAUUUUGUGCGACUGUCCACAUAUUUAAAUAAAUUGCUUUUGGCGAUUGUAUAGUUAUGGUGUAAAGUAUGUUUGCAUGCGCGAAAUUGCUUGCUCACUAUUAAAAUAAUAUUAAAGUUUAGCUUUUACAUGUGUAAUUCAUUGUCGACGUAGCAAAUCUCUCUUCGGUUUCAAAUUAUUUUUACCAAAUUCGUUAGUUCUCGUAGCUUUUAGCAGUCAAUGAGAUUGUUACCAAUUCAGAGGAUGUGUAAAAAUUGGAAAAGCAGACCGCCGCAAAAAAUAACGAUGAAGUCUUUCUAAAAUUAGAUACGAUUUUAUAAAAUGAUAUUUUAUCUUGAAUUUGGGAUUAUAAUAACAAGUCAAAUGAGCCAAUAAAAAGCAAAAAGUGGCAAAAAAAAAACAAUCUAUAAGCUUCAUAUUUAAAAAACUAAAAACAAAAACUUCAUUUUAUUCCACCAUAGGUACAAUCAAGUGUAAAAAUAUGGUUGCACACAUCGUACUCAAAAAUAUAAUAUGUCAGCGAAUUAAUAAUUAUCGAACAUAUUUUUGAGAAGUUAUAUGCACCUAUAUUUUUAGACUUGCUUGUACAUACUUAUUCAAACCCGCACUGACUCACAUCCCGGAAACAAAAUAACAAUAUUAAUAAUGAUUACUAUAAAUAAAUCUGAAAUCAUAUAUGUACCAAAAGUGUAACAAGAUUCUUUAAAUCCUUUCCCAAGGGUUAAAUAAUAUUAGUUAAUAUGUUAAUGAUUGUAUUGUAAAAUUCAAUAACUAAUAAUAACUAUGUACUACAAAUAUUCAAUUUGCUAGAUUAAGCACAGACCUUUAGAUAGCUCAUCUAUGUCAUGAUGAAUUGAUGAAUCUGAAUUAUAGACUGUUUAAUCUAAAUGGGGCAGUGGACAAAAAGAUACCAUACGAGAUAGCUAUUUUUCUCUUAGGAACCUCGAGGCCGAUUUGAAAGAUACGAGAAACUGAAAUGAGAGGUUUUCACAAAACACGGCCACAGUAAUAUCAAAAUGAAAAUAAAUAAGAAUAGCUUUAUUGCUGAAAUAGGUAGCCUAAACUAUUUAUAUGGAUUACAUAUGUGACUAUGGAACAUAUAUGGGAUAAUGCAAUGUACAAUAUGUACAUACCUACGACCAACGUAACCUGUCUUUAUCAUUUUAUCUACCAAAACCUUACCAAAUUGCCCCAGACCCAAAGUCGCAAUCGUAACAUAUCCCUUCGAAAAAUAUUAAAGAUUAAUAUUAGUAUUAAUAUAUCAGUGUACUUAGUUUUAUUUUCAUUUUGUUUAAACUCUGGUAUAGUUAGCUGUUUUGUUAUAGUAACUGAUUUUCUCUCACCGCCCCAUUCGGAUGAAACACGCUGUAUUGGACAUCAUAUACUGCCCGAUCUCGCGCUCUGUGAGAAGGGCGCGCGUGGUGCUGACUGACCGGUCGGAACGGCCCGGCCGCUAGGUUACACCGCAAAUAUUUUCUUAUGAGAUUAUUUUUAUAAUGAUUUACGAAACAUUAAAAUUUAAGCAUAUUUAGUUUUAAGCCAUGUGAAGUAUUGAAUUGCGCUGUCCAGUAUGUUUUGUGAGUUCGUAUUCGAAGUUCGAUAUUAAGUUCGGAUAGUAAAUGUAGUAGUCAAGAUUAUACUGUUAAUAGAUAAAUGUUAUGAAUUAUUAAUAAGAGGAGUGAUUUCUCCAUCAACAUAUCACUUGUUAAUAAUUAAUUAUAGAGUUACGUACGUAACUAGUUGUAAUUUUGUCUUAAUUCUAAGUCUUUACAUAUCCUCACCACGUAGAGUCAAGUUCGUUAGCAUUAUGGGCCAGAGACAAAUACUAGGUAUUGAUAAAAUGAUACAAAACAAAAAUCUUUGUCUUAACUAGUUUAAGCCUACUGUAAUGUAUAAACGUAUGAACAGCAUUGUAAGAAUUGAGAUACAUGAAUGAAGGAAUCUUAGGUGUCGUGCGAUGAUUAGAAAGACUUAGAAAAAAUGCAUUUUUAGCUUUAAUGCGCCUCUAUAAUUGCAAUACAUAUCACGCAAGGCAUAGUAAUAUGUUUAAGUUCAGUCUAGGCUUAGGGAUAAGUUAAAAAUAAGCUAGAUCAUUUCACAACUCUGUAGCGGACCAAUAUUAGAAAGUUGUACGUCUUGUAUGGUUCGAUUGAUGUAACGGACACUGAAGCAAACUUGUUAAAUGCAAAUAAUUGUCUCAUUUGGUUUUCCGGUGCACGAAUAAACAUGGUUAUAAUAUAAAUGAAGGACUUAUUUAAAGUCAUUUGCUACGAAUACGCGGAGUUUGACAGGUUUAUCGAGCUAUGUAAUAUAAUAUUUAACCAUAUAUGGAGAUAAGAAAGCGGUGUCAAAAACUCAAAUGAGUAUAAGUAGUGUAUCACUUUUGGGAUGCGAUGCGAUGAUACUGUAAAGUGUUUUACUCGAGCCAGGGGUUUUCUAUUAAAGUAAUCUGAUAAAUUCAUUGCUUGUUCAAUUUGAUACACUUCAAACUUCCUCUCCUUAGUUUAUGUUGUUAUCGCUGUUGCUUCUUAUCUCUGCAAACUAUUUCGAAAUAUUUAUACAUUUUAACUUAGGUAUAUUUUGUCAGUAUUUUAAUUAUAACUAUUAUUCUUUUGUGUCAAGUACCAGUUAAAGUUGUGUGCACAAUGUAUUUGUUUAAACACCCUGAAUAUUAUCAAUAUGUUACACGAUUUAUGACGAGACCGACAAUAAUAUGGCAGUCUCUACCUUUAACUCCUUUAAGUGGUACAUACACAUUAUAACCAAUGUGUCUACAACGACACGUGACGUGUAAAGAGAGUAGAAUAUUGAAUGUGUUAAGUCGUACAAAUAAGUAUCUUAACGUCGAUACGCCUAGUUUAGAGAUUGUAGUGCCCAGCAGUUCAGCUUUCGAAUAUUGGUAUAUAAACAAUUUAUUAGAAGAAUCUUUACAAUUCGUUCAGGAUUUAAGAUACAAUUUACUAGUACAAUAUAGUCAAUCUUUACUCUAAAGAAUGAACUCUCGCGAAAGCUGCAUUCUACAAUUUGAUUAAAAAUACAAUUCUUUAAUGUAAAUAAGAUAUGGGUGUUAGACUUUAAUCUAGGAACUCAUUGUUGUUUGGCUAUUGUAGUUUUUUUUGUAUUAAAAUGGCCACGGUUUCUCAAAAUUAAAAGAAAAUGAACAUGGAGUAUGAAUUGUAGUGUGUCACCAUUUCACUUUAAAUUUUCUGUCAGUUGUCGAGAAACAGUGGUCAAAGCGUAUGUGAUUAACGUUUUCAAAAGUAAAACAAUGUUGUGGAAGACGAUACUCUAUAUUAUAGUUAACACUUAGUGUAUUUUUUCGUAGGUGUACUUCGAAUUUUGGGUUAUAAUCAGUUUGUGACUAGGCGACAUGUAUACAAAAUCUAUUUCUGUAUUUACAAAGAUGGUGUAAUCUAUAUUCGCUGGUGUUAGCAAUUGUAAAAUAGUGUCAGUAUUCAUGUCUAGUUCACGUUCGAUGUUCACGAACUACGCUUAUUUUAACCUGCGUAUGUAAACCUAUAGAGUGCCUCUUGUUCACUUUUAUAUAUAUUGAUAUAACACUAUAGUUAGGUAAUACUAGUAGAGGUAGUAAAUGCGUUAUAUCUUAACAUAACAGCACAAUUUUCUUUUCUUAAACAAUUAUUACAUGUGAUAUUGGAAAGGCCAACGAAUGUCGCGUAGUGCCAAAAUGGAAGACGAGAUUAUAGAGUUCAUAACUCAGACGUAUGACUAAGAAAUCAGAGCAGAUGUAGACACUAAACAUAUAUAUACUCGCGAGUUUAUAGAAACUCCUUGUAUUCGAUCUGCAUGCACGGCAAUUAAUUAUGCUCACAGACGCGUAUACGUUGGAAUGUAUAUUACAACCUUCUUGUUAUGCACUCGAAACUGACUAUCACCAUACUCAACUUAUUUAUUAAGAGUUUGUUACACGUACCUACCUUAUUAUUAAAUAUUAUGGUUACUUAAUUUUACAAUAAGCGGUGACAAUAAAAGGAGAUGUUUAAGUUGAAACUCAUUGGUUCGUAUUAUUUUGGAUCUUAUUAAAAUGGAACUGAUCAAAGAACUCCCCUGUAUUUGAAAUAAUAAAUCUGCGAUGUAUUCCAUUCUUACCAAUAUUUUUGAUAACAUUUGCUUAGUUAGCUGUAAUUGUCAAAAAAAUAAAUACAAUUUCGACGUCGGUGUAUCGCGAAUGGCCUAAUUGUAGAGGAUGAUUUUUAAAGCACGAUUUGUUGUAUGGCCUACAAGCAUUGCAGACAAAUUAUUUUUCAUUAAAGUUAUCUUUUCAAAUUUUAAUAGUGAACAUAUUUCUAAUAAAUUAUAAUAAAUAUUAUAGUGCUAUGAUUGCAUUAUUGAAUGUUUGCCAGAUUUAUGUUUAAUUAUAAAAUAAAUGCUUGUAUAUAAAAUAA